ACAGAGUGGUAACCUGCACACACUGGGGGCCGCAGACUGCAGAGAGAGGCGAACGGGAGGAGGUCGGAGCGCGGCACAAACCCAAGGAGUUGUGCACGAACGGACGUCUCUCCGGUUUUAAGAAACUCAGAAAGAACACGCACAAGGGAGAGCACCUGUAACCACCGUUCUGCAGCAACCGAGUGGGUUGAUUCGACCAAAAUGUCCGGCAGCACCAUAGCCAGGGUGCUGGUCGCUCUGUGCAUCGGGAGUGCCGUGAACUGCAUGCCCAAGGCGACGCACAGGAGUCGGCGACAGGGACAGCAGCCGCAAGUCUCCUCAGUCUCUCAAGAUGGUUGCAUAGAGAAUGGUGUCUUCUACGGCGUGAAUGAACAGUGGGAGCGGCCAUAUCUGGGCAGCACUCUGAUCUGUACCUGCCACGGAGUUGCUGGAAUCAAGUGCAAAAGCAAACCCGAAGAGGAACGGUGCUACGAUAAAAUCAACCAACAGUACUACACUGUGGGAGAAACCUAUGAGAGACCCAAGGACGGCAUGAUCUGGGACUGUACCUGUAUUGGAUCUGGGAGGGCCAAGAUCAGCUGCACCAUUGCCAACCGCUGUCAUGAGGGUGGGGCUUCUUAUAAGAUUGGUGACACCUGGAGGAGACCACACGAAACAGGAGGCUACAUGCUGGAGUGUGUCUGUCUGGGUAAUGGCAAGGGAGAAUGGACCUGCAAACCUGUUGCUGAGCGUUGCUAUGACAAUUCGGCUGGAACAUCCUACGUUGUUGGGGAGACUUGGGAGAAGUCGUAUCAGGGAUGGAUGGUAGUGGACUGCACCUGCCUGGGAGAGGGCAGUGGACGCAUCACAUGCACCUCCAGAAAUCGCUGCAAUGACCAGGAUACUCUGUCCUCCUACCGUAUUGGAGAUACAUGGACCAAGACGGAUACCCGCGGUCACCUGCUGCAGUGUCUGUGCACAGGGAACGGCCGGGGGGAGUGGAAGUGCGAACGACACGCCUCACUUCACACCACUGGCCUUGGCACUGGGUCUCGUGUGAUCACUAACAUCCAGCCUGCAGUCUACCAGCCCGCCACUGUGCCUGAGCCUCCCCAGGACGGAACCUGUCGGACAGACACAGGACUGACUUAUUUCAAUGGCCAGCGCUGGAUUAAGAACCAGGGAAAUAAACAGAUGAUCUGUACCUGCCUUGGCAAUGGAAUCAGCUGUGACCAGUGGGAUGGACCAGCUCCCGUGUAUGGUGGUAACUCUGGCGGCCAGCCCUGUGUGUUCCCUUUCGUCUACAAGGGGAAGACCUACCACUCAUGUACCUCUGAUGGACGCAGUGACGGACAGCUGUGGUGUUCCACCUCCUCUGACUUUGAGACGGACGAAAAAUAUUCUUUCUGUACAGAAAAGAAUGCCAUUGUGGCGACGCGAGGCGGUAACUCUAAUGGUGCUCUGUGUCAGUUCCCCUACAUUUACAACGGCCGAAACUACACUGACUGUACUGCUGAUGGUCGUAGGGAUGGGAUGAAGUGGUGUGGCACCACAACAAACUAUGAUGACGAACAACGUUUUGGGUUCUGUCCCAUGGCAGCUCAUGAGGAAGUAUGCACAACAAGCGAAGGUGUGAUGUACCGCGUGGGCGACCAGUGGGACAAACGGCAUGAUGUUCUGGGUCACAUGAUGCAGUGUACCUGUGUCGGCAAUGGCAGAGGAGAAUGGAGCUGUGUUGCUCACUCCCAGCUUAAAGAUCAGUGUAGCGUGGAUGGAUUGACGUAUGACGUUAAUCAGACCUUCACCAAGCAACACGAUGAGGGAUACAUGAUGAACUGCACCUGCUACGGACAGGGGCGUGGCCGCUGGAAGUGUGAUGCCAUUGACCAGUGCCAGGAGCCAGAGACGAGAGCUUUCCACCAGAUUGGAGAGUCUUGGGAUAAAAUCAUUCAUGGAAUCAUGUACAAAUGCUAUUGCUAUGGCAACGGUGUGGGAGAGCUCAGCUGCGAGCCCCAGCAGUCGUACCCCGGCGGUCAACGUCCUGUCCAAGUGAUCAUAACAGAAUCUGGAAACCAACCCAACUCUCACCCUAUUCAGUGGAACGCCCCCUCAUCCGCCCACAUCACCCAGUACAUCCUUAAAUGGAGAGUGAAAAACACUCAGACCCCAUGGAGGGAGGUGAUGAUCCCUGGUCAUCUGAACUCCUACACCAUCUCUGGCCUGAAGCCGGGCAUCACCUACGAGGGUCAGCUCAUCAGUGUGCUGCGCUUUGGACGCAGGGAGAUCACGCGUUUUGACUUCACCACCACUUAUGGAUCAUUGGCUACAUCACAAGGCGAGACCACCAUGACUCCACCUAUGGUUGACACAUCAGAGUCUGUGACAGAAAUUACCUCCAGCAGCUUCGUCAUCUCGUGGGUUUCUGCCUCAGACGUAGUCUCAGGUUUCAGAGUAGAGUAUGAGCUCAGUGAGCAGGGACAGGGCACCGGACAACCUAUUGUGCUAGACCUGCCCCGUACAGCUACCUCAGUGAACAUUAAUGAGCUCCUACCAGGGAGAAGGUACACCGUUAACGUCUAUGAGGUUACAGAUCAAGGAGAGGACAACCUCAUUCUUACUACUUCACAAACAACUGCACCUGAUGCUCCCAAGGAGCAUGAAGUGGAGGAGGUGGGAGAAACCUCCAUUGUGAUCAGCUGGGAAAAACCUCUGGCUCCCAUCACUGGCUACCGUGUCGUCUACACCCCAUCUGUAGAAGGUGAAAGCACAGAGCUGAAUCUGCCCGACACGGCUACAUCCGUGACUCUGAGCGACCUUCGACCUGGGAAGGAGUACAACAUCAGCAUAUAUGCAGUGGAGGACAGCAUGGAGAGUGAGCCCAUCUUUGUGCAGGUCAACACCUCUGGAGAUCCACUGCCAGAAGAAGUGGUUUCCCCCACCGACCUGCAGUUCUUUGAGGUGUCCGAUAAAAAGAUCGUUCUGACCUGGACCGGCCCAGCCAGCGACGUCUCGGGUUACCGGGUCACCGUGGUCCCCGUUGACGGCUCUGAUACUCCCCAGAGAGAAAUGAGUCUGCCUGUCAGCCAGAACUCUUACAUUGAAGUGACACACUUACAUCCAGGCACACUGUACCGCUUCAGCGUCUACACCAUUUACAACGGAGAGGAGAGUUUACCACUUAUUGGGGAGCAAACUACAAAGCCGGAUGCUCCCACGGAUAUCCAUUUUGAAAACGUGACUGAGGACAGCGCAGUGAUGCUGUGGUUUGCACCCCGCGCCAAAAUCAGCGGCUACCGCCUCUUCCUCACCGUAGAGGGUUCUAACCCCAAGCAGCUGCGUCUGCCUGCCCGCCUUUCUCAGUACACCCUCCUCAACCUGAAGCCCAAUACGGAGUACACUGCUACGCUGCACGCAGAGCAAGAGAAUUCACUGAGUGUUGGGGAGACUGCUGUGUUCACCACUAAUCCACCAAUGGGUAAUGCACCUCAUUUCAGCACUGAUGUGACCGAUACGUCUAUUAUAAUUUCUUGGACUCCAGUUCCCCGCGUUGGAUACAAGCUGACAGUGCGGCCCAGUCAGGGUGGGGAAGCCCCCAGAGAUGUGACCUCUGAGUCUGGAAGCAUUUACAUUUCCGGUCUGACUCCGGGAGUGGAGUACACCUACAGCGUUCAGUCAGUCAUUAAUGGUUAUGAGCAGGGAACCCCACUCACACGCCGUGUCGUCACUCCUCUGUCUCCUCCGACCGACCUCAACCUAGAUUCUAACCCAGGAACCGGUGAACUCAUGGUUCAGUGGAACGGCGCUAGUGCACCAGACAUCACUGGCUACAGAGUGACAUGCACACCCACCAACGGGCAACAGGGAAACAGUGUGGAGGAAUUUGUGGAGGCCGGGCAGAACUCCUGCACCCUGGAAAACCUCAGUCCGGGCGUGGAGUACAACGUCAGCGUUGUCACUGUUAAGGAUGAUAUGGAGAGCGUUCCUGUGUCGACCACCAUCACACCAGAAGUGCCACAGCUGACCGACCUCAGCUUUGAGGACGUGAGCGACACCACCAUCAGCCUCCGCUGGUCGCCGCUCAACACCACAGCCGUCACCGGUUACAGGAUCACGGUGGUCGCAGCUGGCGAGAGCGUGCCCAUCUUUGAAGACAUGGUUCAGUCAACGACCGGUCAAUACACGGUUUAUGGACUGGAGCCUGGCAUUGACUACGACAUUAGCGUGAUCACAGUGACGGAGAAUGGCGAGAGCGAACCGACCACGCUCACCCAACAGACCUCUGUGCCAGCCCCCACUGAUAUGGGCUUUGGUGAAGUUGGGCCAGACAGUAUAGAAGUAACCUGGGUCUCUCCUCAUGUCCCGAACAAUGGCGAGAUUACCAACUUCCUUAUUAGGUAUCACCCCAUCGAUGAUGAGGAUGAGAUGACAGAAACCAGCGUAGGAGGCAGGGAGAACAGUGUGGUGCUAAGGAACCUGCUGCCUAACACAGAGUAUCUGGUGAGCGUGGUGUGCGUUUAUGAGCAGAGGGAGAGCUCACCCCUCGUCGGCACCAAGAAAACAGCUCUGGAUUCGCCCGUUGGUCUGCGCUUCUCUGAGAUCUUCACCAACUCUUUUACCAUCCACUGGCUCGCGCCCCAGAGCAGAAUCACCGGCUACCGCAUCCGUUACCAGAUGGCCAGCGGUGGGAGAGCCAAGGAUGAGAGGCUGCCGCCAUCCAGGAACCACUUCACUCUGACAGGACUCACUCCAGACACCGAGUACUUGGUCAACAUCUACGCGGUCAGCUUGACACAAGAGAGCCUGCCGCUCAGUGGGAAACAGAAGACAAUCUCUGACGCUCCCACCGACCUCGAAGUUCUGGACUCAUCGCCCACGAGCAUCACCGUCCGCUGGGCUUCCCCACCAGUCACUGUGCGCUAUUACAGGAUCACUCAUGGAGAGUCAGGUGGUCACAGUAAUCCUAAGGAGUUCACAGUGCCUGGCUCUCAGUCGACCGCCACAAUCAAUAACUUGAAGCCUGGCACUGACUACACAAUCACCGUCUACGCUGUGACUGGCAGAGGAGAUAGCCCUGCAUCCAGCAUUCCGAUCUAUGUCACACACAAGACGGGUGUUGACGCUCCCUCUGAGAUGGAAGUGACAAAUCUGAAUGACAACAGCGUCACCGUGAGAUGGAGUCCUGCUCAGGGCCCGAUCAAGGGAUACAAGGUGACUGGGACCCCCUUAAAUGGACAGGGACCCUCUUUCACAGAGGUGGUUGCUCCAGACCAGACAGAGAUUACUUUCUCAGGCCUGAUGCCAUCGGUGGAAUAUACUUUGAGUGUGUCCGCUCUUGGACAAGAUGGAGAGAGCACUCCCGUGGUUGUGAAUGCUUUAACAAAUGUAGACCGUCCCAAGGACUUGAGCUUCUCAGACAUUGACUCCACCUCACUGCGGAUCUCCUGGGACAGCCCUGAAGGAAUUGUUACAUCUUACCGGGUCCUGUACGCAAGUCCAGAGGAGGGCGAGAGAGAGCUGCGUCCUGCUCCCCGAGGAGAUGCUGACUCCACUGUUAUCUAUGGUCUCCAGCCCGGCACCGAGUACACUGUGAAGGUCAUCGCCUUGCAUAAUGGCAAGGCCAGCACACCCCUGGUCGGAACGCAAGCUACAGUGAUCUCUCCUCCUACCAACCUUCAGUUCUCCCAGGUUGGUUCUACCUCUUUCACUAUGACGUGGGCUGCGCCAGGUCAGGAAAAUCGAAUAACUGGCCUGACGGGUCUCACUGGCUACCGCGUGGUGGUGAACCCAAAGAACAAGAGUGGACCCACCAAAGAGAUCAACCUGGCCCCAGACGCUACUCAGGCACACAUCUCUGGACUCAUGAUUGCAACUACCUAUGAAGUCCAUGUCUACGCACUGAAGAACUCUCUGACCAGCAGACCAGUCCAAGGAGAGGUCACCACUCUGGAAAACAUCAGCCCCCCUCGCCGUGUACGUAUCUCUGACGUUAAUGAUUCCUCCAUCACCCUGACCUGGCGGUCCAAGACAGAAACCAUCUCCGGGUUCCUGGUUGAGGCCAGACCCACCGCCUCAUCUUCGGGUUACAUACCUAUCCAAAAGACCAUCAGCCCCGAUUCACGCUCUUACACCAUUACAGGUCUGGAGCCAGGCACCAAUUACGAGAUCAACAUGUAUACACUGAAAGGCAAUGGACGCAGCGUUCCUCUCACACUCACAGCCACCACAGCUCAACCAUUGGUCAUCCCACCCACCGAUAUUCGCUUCACCUCCCUGAAUCCUACCAGCAUCUCUUUCAUGUGGGAGCCGUCACGCACUCCAAAGGUCACUGGGUAUUACGUCACCUACGAGGAGGCUGGAGGCCUACCUCGAGAAGUCACUCCUAGGCCCCACGCAGGCCAGCUCUACACCACCAUCAACAAUCUGAAACCAGGAACGGAGUAUGUCAUUAAGAUUGUGGCUCUGCAGAACGUUCUGAGAAGCACACCUCUAGUGGGCAAAGCCAGGACCCAACCAGCUACAGAUAUCCCGUUAUUGGUCCCUGAACUGCCUCAGCUUCCUGUUCCUCAUCGACCCAGCACUGAUAUUCUGGAUGUUCCAGAGUCCGUCAAUGACAAAAUCUUUGACUACAACCAUGUCCACUUCGCUGGUACCAGCGGCCAGAGCCAACCAGGCCAACACGGUCAGCAUAUCUACACAGAGUAUCAGGGUCUAGGCCCCAAUAAUGGACUUUAUGGCCCCUACAAUGGACCCAAAGAAGGCCAGAGACCCACGCUCAGAGAACCCCUGGUUUAUAUUCCUGUAGCAGGCCCAGAUGGAAACAGAGUGCCCUUAGUAAAGGUGAGCGACGGCCCUCUCCCAGGUCUUGCGUUUGGUUUCCCUGACAACGAGACAGAUCUGCCCCAAGAAGCGCAGACAGUCACAACCAUCUCUUGGCAACCUGUCCCUCAAACGUCAGAGUAUGAAGUGUCCUGCAAUCCCAUUACACACAUGGAGGAAAAGGGCUUCCAGAUGCGUCUUCCAGGCACCUCCAACAGCGCCACCCUGAUUGGACUGACAUCUGGAGCUUCGUAUAAUGUUAUAGUGGAGGCUAUGACGGGUGGGGCUAAAGAGAAGGUUCUGGAGGAAGUUGUAACUGUUGGCAAUGCUGUUCCAGGCGACGUCCCCGUUACCACCAACCGAGAUGUGUGUUACGACACGUUCACACACAUCUACCACGAGGUGGGCUCAGAGUGGGAGCGCAUGUCUGAGACGGGCUUCAAGCUGUGGUGCCACUGCCUGGGGCUGGGCAGUGGUCACUUUAGGUGUGAUUCAUCCAAGUGGUGCCACGACAACGGUAAUAACUACCGUAUUGGAGAAAAGUGGGAUCGUCACGGUGAGAACGGUCACAUGAUGAGCUGCACCUGCCUGGGCAAUGGAAAGGGAGAAUUCAAAUGUGAACCUCAUGAGUCGACGUGUUAUGACAAUGGGAAAAUGUACCAGGUUGGAAACCAGUGGCAGAAGGAAUACCUGGGGGCCAUCUGCACGUGUACCUGCUACGGAGGACAACAGGGCUGGCGAUGUGAGAACUGUAAAAGACCAGGAGGACAGACUGAUGUGGAUGCUGACCUCCUGCAGCCCGUUCACACAGACGCCUUUGACCGGUACAGAGAAAAUGCUCUACGCAAACUGAACAUCCAGUGUCCGAUUGAAUGUUUGAGACCAGAGCUGCUUGCAGAUGCUCAGAGCCCCCUGGAGUAGCAGAAGAAGGGUGCUUGAGUAAAGGAGGGGAACGAAGUGAGACCUCCCAUCAAGAUCACCACCACCACCACUUCAAGAAGGAAACCUCCUUUCACUAGGAGAAGACCUUUCCAUCACAUUUGUGCCUUCAUGGUUUUCACCACACCAAAUUGUAGUGCCUUAAAAGAACUCCCUACUCCAAACCUUGUGCCUUUUCCUGUUGGGUUUUAUUCUCCUGUUGAGACAGAUUUUUGUUUGAGCACAAAUCUUGCUACUCCAUCACUUUAAACCUGCCUACCACACACACACACACACACACACACACACAUAUGAUGCAGUGUUUUUACAUAUUUGUAUUGUUGUAAUGGGGCUUUUGUUAAUUUCAGAGCAUUCCAUGACAAUUCCCUUUCUCCGAUCAUUACUGGAAAUCUUUAAAUGUAACAAUAAUAAUUUUAAAUAAUGAUUUCCCCCCCGAUAAUAACUGUAGCCACCUUUUGUUUUGCUUCUCAUAUGAAGUUUCACUGUGAUUAUUGUGUAUUCAGGUAGACGUUUAGGUAAUAUAGAAUGCAUAUUGCAAGGCCAUUUACAUUUCCAAAUCGGAAGCGAGUUACAGUAUUACCAUUGUUUCCCAGUCACAAUCCGAUUUAAUUCAACAUUACUUUUUAUCAAGUUGAAUCUGGAUUCUUUGUAAUGAAGGGGACUCCUCCUCUUUGCAAAGUAUCUCCACCUCUGUGGUAUGCAUUUCUGAAGAGCAGAGAGCAACUGAUCAACAAUCACAGAUUCUUCUUAAAUGUAAAAAUAAAAUAAAAAAUCUAGACAAACUUUCCUUUUAAAGAUAAGCACUGUUUUUAGGUGGUAUUAUAUUGCCUGUCUAUUUUUACUGUGUAGGCUCUCGAAUUUGCAUCGUAUAUGUGGCCAUGUCAUUUGUAGCAUGGCCAUUUUGAACGUACACAAUAUGCAGUUGUUGAAACCAAAGCUUACUGACCAAAAGUAAACUGUUAUUUCAAAAAUGAAUUCGAAAAUUCACCCUUAUUUCCAAGUGAAAUGCAUUUUAGUGUAUUUUUAUUCAUUCCUUUUUAUUUAUCCCUUUUGGUUUAGGCAUUUUGUUCAAUGCUAUUUUGGGGUGUACACUUUAUUUUUUUGAUUUAUUUGUUUCUUUUUUUUAUAUUGUUGGUGCCUGACUCUGAACUACUGUGGACUGAAUCUUUUUAAUAAACUGAACAAAACUCA